GGGAACUCCUGCAGGUUUCUCUGCUGGGCGGCUAGGACAAGGCGCAGCCUGUGUUCUGCUCAGAAAGCAGUGUUCAGAAACUCUGUCCUUUCCUGAAUUCUGCUCCCAAAGGCACUGUGAGGUUCUGGGGUUUAUCCUGCUCAAAAUGCUCUCAGAGUUCUGGGUUAGUGGUAGCCUUUGCUGCACCUCUUUGCUUCGGUUCCAGUCUUUUUGCAUUUUAUUGUGGCCAGGGCGGUGAUUUUGUUCGGCUGGGUGGCACUGUACCCGGGUGAUGCUCCUUGGUGGCAAGGACCCAUGUUAUUUAAUGAGGAACCCUGCCCCGCCUCUGCUCAGAAUCAGCACACAGCGAAGUGAAAGCUGCACGAGUCCUUUGCCUCAGAAGGCAAAAGGAGUUCAGAAAAUAAAAGUACUCAAGUGUUCUUGAGAACAUUGUGUUCCUGCGAAGGGGUCAAGGUGUUUCCUGUGGAGAAAGGGUUGGUGUGUCAUCAGAUCGGCUCCUUACUGGUAUUUCAGCAUGUGAUUGCAGGUUAAUAAAUGUAAAUUCUGCAGGGAGAGUGUGCUCACAGUCCGAUCAGAGGCUUUACAGAUCAGGGACUUGGCAAUCAUCUGAGGGUGAACGCGCCUGGCAUUGUGACCCUGGGGUAAAUAAGUGGUUGCACUCCAUCCCUUCUCGUGUUUUCAAACACAGCAAGGAUGGCCAGGCUGACGUAGUGACUACAGAGGUGGGAAGAACUACAUCACUGCUGAAUUAAUGUCAGGAACAGAACUCAUCUGCAUGUCAAGUCUGCUAACCACCUGAUGGUACUAUGUGGGCAAGCUGUUGCAAUUGGUUUUGUCUGGAUGGCUCACCUGAAGAGAUGCAGCCACAGCCGUCGGCGGGAGCCAGAGCCCAAGCUUAUUCCAACCCCGGGUACAGCUCCUACCCAUCUCCCACAGCCUCUGAGCAGAGCUGCAAAGCCUGUGGGCUGCACUUUGACAGCUCCUCCAGGAAGCACAUCUGCUUGGACUGUAAGAAGAAUUUUUGUACGUCCUGCUCAAACCAGUCCGAGGACCGUCCUCCUCUCUGCCAUCUAUGCCAGCGUUUCCGAGCCACGGCUUUUCAGCGGGAAGAGUUGAUAAAGAUGAAGGUGAAGGAUCUGCGAGACUAUCUGGCACUCCGUGAGAUUUCCACAGAGUUGUGUCGUGAAAAGGAGGACCUGGUAUUUCUGAUUCUUGGCCAGCAGCCUGUAAUUACCCAGGAAGAUCAGAUAAGAACAAAUCCAUUUAAUACUAGUGCCUCUGGACAGCAAGACUUUGUGAUUCUCCCACCAACCAGCCUAGCAUCUUCUACCUCACAUAAUGCGUCUCCAGUGUCUACAGAUACCAUCUCAAGUUCACUAGCUCAGGAACAUCACCAGGCAAAUGGUUAUGUGCCUCCAAGCCAAGUCGGUAUGACAGGAGUUGAGAAUGCAGCAGAAGCACCAGCAGAGGAGGAGACACAGUCUACUGACUCAGAAGAUAACCUGGUGCAGGGGAGGAAGGCUUCUCUCUCUGACCUGACAAGCAUUGGAGACAUCAAUGCACUCUCUGUGCGACAACUGAAGGAAAUUCUUGCUCGCAACUUUGUCAACUACAAAGGCUGCUGUGAAAAGUGGGAGCUGCUGGAGAGGGUGACUCGUCUCUAUAAAGAGAAGGACCUUCAACAUCUAGUUUCUGACACUGAUGAUCAAACUGGUGGGGCCGGGCUCCCUGGCACGGAGGACAACCUCUGCAAGAUCUGCAUGGACGCAGCCAUCGACUGUGUCCUGCUGGAAUGCGGCCACAUGGUUACUUGCACCAAGUGUGGGAAGCGGAUGAGCGAAUGCCCCAUAUGCAGGCAGUACGUGAUAAGGGCUGUCCAUGUCUUCAAGUCCUGAGCGUGGGUAAGGAAGACUGGUGAUGCCUUAAAGCCUCAUCCACUGCUAAAGAAACGGUCAAAUCCCUGCGGAUAGGUAGGUCAGAGAUGAGCACAUGGACCCCAUUGGAAGCUGGAAGUGAGGGAAGGAGGAAGCCUGGGGAGAAUUGCUCUUACUCAAGCCCUGCUCUUCCUGCUGUCGUGCUUUAGACCACAGUGCCUGGACCCUGGGAGCUUCUUGCCAGCAGCAGACACAGGGAUCAUUGAUGCCCUGCAUUCUAGAAUAACCUGAUCCACCAGUGUGGGGACAGACGGAUGCUGGGCUUUCCUCCACAAGGAUCGGAUUCAGAGGCUUUGUAUUUUCCCCUGAAUAUUAAACUAACAUGGACUGGGGUCUCAAAGUGACACUUGUUUUGCUGCUUAGGCUGUACACCCAGCAAUAACUUUAUUUUCAAAGAUGAACACUUUACAGUGCUUGUUAAUUUUCAGGGGUUUUGUUUUUUUAAUUAAAUGGUAAAUUCUUAUGCUUGCAGGACAGGCAGGCUGCCUCCAAUUUUCUUAUUCAGAAUAAGCAUAAUUCUAGCGUAGUGUCCUUGUGGAAAAAUGUAUCGUUUUACUUGAAGAUGGAUUUUGUAUUAUUUAAAAUACAAGGGGUGUAGGACUUUGAAACUCGCAGCCUUACCUUGUGGUGUGGUGGUGGCAUUCUGUUUACGUGCCAGCCAGAGGGAGAUUCUUGCUUUGACUGUUGCUGGUUCCUUUAACUUCACAGCCUUGCUUACAGUAUGUGCCUGCAAGUGUUUUAACACUGACUUGACUUCACUUCAUCGAGGAGCUUGAAUCUAAGGCUCGAGUUUUUUAGAAGGUUUAGCAAGGAGAACACACAGCUGAAGAGCAGUAAGGAUGCCAUUGUUUGACAAUUAUAUUUGAGUACAGGUGACUUUCUUUUUAGAGGGGAUGUGGAAGAACACAAAGCAGCUCCCUGGAGUCAAAAAGACAAGCAACCAUCAUUGCAGAUGCUACUGUUUACCUGACAGCUUCCCCCCAUCCUCCUCUUUGCUCAGUUUUACAGCUCUGUUACAUUCGGGCUGCUCAUCAAAAGCAAUUUAUGCUGUGCUCUUUCUGCUUGUGAAGGUGGGCAGGGGAUUCAGUGGGCUGACACGUGACAGCCGCAAGCCCUUACAGCUCUCCUCCCCGACAGCGUGUUCAUUCAGAAGCCUGGCUAGGGAAAAUCCUAACUGGCCUGUUUUUCCCAUGGUGCCCUGCAAGCACAGGAACACACACGAUGUGUUGAACAGCCUCCUUCAUUAAAUUCACUGUGAAAAUCCACGUUGUCAUGUUUUUCAAUAAACUCAGGGCUGGGGAAAUUUAGGAGGAAGAAUUAUCAUUCCCCUGUGGACAGAGGUUCUUUUGCACGUUGAGGGUUAUGCUUAUUUUCCACAGCAGAUAAUCCAGUUGCAGGUGAAUGCCUGACACUUUAGGAACGAGAAGAUGUUCCCCCCAUGACUGUAAAGUUGCUUUCUGAAGGGAGGAGACUUUUUUCUUGCUCCUCCUCCUUACCCCCCCACCUCCGCAAAAGGAAGAUCAGAAUCUGGAGGAAACCGAAUGAUGAUCCAAAGGAAUAUAAUUAUCUGAACUAAUAAAUGGAAAUAUUUAUGUGCUUUAUCUACACUGUACAUAGUUUAAAUAUUAUAAAAGUUAAUAUUCUACUUGAAAUGGCACAUUAUUCUCUAUUAAAUCCUCUUGGUACUACAAUGGU